UCGGAAGCUCAGAGCAUGAAAAAGUGCAGUCGUCUAAACCUACCGCAUGGUCAUACGACAAACUAUGCUGAAGACACUUGUCCGUUUCCAUUAAACGGCUUCAGAUACUUUGCGUCCAGAGCGCACUCUGGGUUCGUUUUCAGUCGAACCGGCAGUUGAACGACAGACUGUUGAUUUUGACGAGAUUGCCAGGAUUGACAGAGCUCCUGACUGGGAUAUGCGCUUUGCGGAUGGCGCGCUGAACCAAAAGACAGCAGAAGCAGCAACUUUGUUUCCACAUUGACCAAAGCAUAUUUUAUACAAGAGUGAAGAAGAAAGACUCUUAGCGCUUUCAACGCGUCUAGCGCUGCAGCACGUGUAGGAUUUUUGUGCGCAAUUAAAAGUUGAGACUGUUGUAGUGCAUGGGCACAGACCUGGCUAUGGUGGAGCAGACGCACACCAGCAGCAGCAGCAGUAGCGACGUGCUCCCCGGCGACUCCAUUGAUUCUGGGGAGAUGGACUUAGACAUGGACGCCUCUCCGACUCCAGGCUCUCCAAAUUCAGCCGGUGAUAAAAUGGACAUUGCCUGGUGCAAAACCCCAUCGGGACACAUCAAGAGGCCAAUGAACGCAUUCAUGGUCUGGUCGCAGAUUGAGAGGCGCAAGAUUAUGGAGCAGUCGCCGGACAUGCACAACGCGGAGAUCUCCAAGAGACUCGGCAAGCGCUGGAAACUUUUAAAAGACAGCGACAAGAUCCCCUUCAUCCGCGAGGCCGAGCGCCUGCGGCUCAAGCACAUGGCAGACUAUCCAGACUACAAAUAUCGACCUCGGAAGAAGGUGAAGUCAUCCAGCGGAAAGACUGGAGAGAAGGCGGAGCGCGUGAGCGCUAGCCCCGGCGCCAAGUCUGCAUCCAAAAAGAGCUCGAAAACUCUCAGCAGGACGCACAGAAAGUCCACAACGCUCGAGCUGACCUCACACUCCGUCCCUGCAGACCACCACGCACUCUACAAAUCCAGGUCCGUGUCCGCCGCCAAACAAAUCCCAGAGAAACCAGCAAAGCGCGGGCAUGUGUACGGGGGAUGCAGCACAGACAGCAGCCCGCCCUCUGUCGCGGUGCCGGCCAGUCCCACCCUGAGCAGCUCGGCGGAAUCCAGCGACCCGCUGAGCUUGUACGAGGACGGGCUCGCGAGCGGAAAGGAAGACGCGGAGCCUGCCGCGCGCUUCAAGUACACCCGCGCGCCGUCUCCGACGCCCUCCGCCUCGCACUCGUACUCCUCGCAGUCAUCCUCCUCGGAUGAGGAGUUCGAGGACGAGCUGGCGGACCCCAGCCCUGGCUUUGACAGCUUCAGCACCUUUGGCACAGCGCCUCUGGACAGAGAUUUGGAGUUCAACUUUGAGUCGGGCUCCGGCUCGCACUUUGAGUUCCCCGACUACUGCACACCAGAGGUGAGCGAGUUGAUGAUAUCAGGGGACUGGCUCGAAUCCACGAUAUCUAACUUGGUGUUCACUUAUUGAGCGCUAGUUAUGAAAGGACAGCUUUGAGAGAAAAAAAAAACACUCAAAAUGACUGGAGGGCUGCAAACUCCUCCGAGACGAGUCAGACGACGAGUCAACGACAUGAUUCCUCGUGUUUAUCAUGCAUCAGAUACUGUGGGUUUUCAUUAUCCACUGACAAGAGUGCAGAUGAAAGUGCUUAGCUUGCUCGUUUGGUGCUGGAGGGAGGCGCGCUUUGGACGCAGAGGAAGGCAUUGCGCGGUGGCGAGUUGACGUUGUGCGCCCUCUUCGACUUAAAAAGGGACGUUUUUAAAGAGAAAAAAAAGUCUGGUCUGAAUGCUUGUUGUGCUGGAGGUACUGAGCGGAGAGCAUGCGAGCGAUUCAUUUGCUCGCGCUUGAGAUUGUUUACCAGAAUCGUUUGUUAGACCAGAGUCGCAUGCUUUCAUUACGAUUUAACUACGAAAGGCUGUCGAGAAGCGUAACUGAUGUUGAUUGAUUCUUUGAAACCGAAUGGCAGACGCAAAAACAAACACAAUCACCAGCUUUUCUGUCGUCAUGACAUCAGGAUUCAGACGCAACUCAGAUGAUUCGACUCUUUUACACUACAAAUCAGGACCAAAAUUCAUCAGAGGAGCGUUUAUUCUCUCUCUCUCUAUCUCUCUCUCUCUCUGUCUGCUUUUUACUUUUUCAUCCUCGAGUAACUUUUCUGCGCUGGCAUUUUUAUACUCUCGAUGUAUUUAUAACGGCCAAACAUUGCUCCUCUAACUCCCCUCAGUCCGUUGUGUUCUAGUCAGUCUGUUGUGUGUAUAGGCUACUACACAUGCACAUGUCCGUCUGUCUCGCGGAAGGGCUAGACUUGUUUCGUAUUAUUUAAUUGAUGACCUCUCACAUGGAACGGAGAUUAAAUGUUUCAUUAUUUUCUGAGUGUAUUUUUGUACAAAAUCUAUCGAGGGGGUGUCAAUCGGUGAAUAUCGCUGUUUGGAUUUCCGAUUUUUAAAAGCAGGGGGUUGGGUUGUCUCCAAAAUCUGCCCCCUAAACAUGUUUACAGUGUCAAUCCACAGGCUUCUUAAAGAGACAGUAUCUGCAUUUCAACGACCAAUCGUCAUUAGCCUACGAUGCGCGCGCUGAGUGAGGUGUUUUAUGUAGCUGCAGCAGCGAAGGCUGCGAUUUAUUGGGGAUACUGUACCUUUUGAAUACCGACUUCUUUGUGCUUUUUCUAGUGACACGUUUCGGUUUGAACCACUGGAUGGAAUUACAGAUACGGUCGAAAUGCCUAUAAUUCAUGAACAAUGAAGUACAUCUUCACUCCAUAAUUGUACAAGGAUAUUUAAUCUUUUCUACUUGUUGGCUAAAUGUAGCUAAUUGUUUUAGUAUAUUAUGGCAUGGCGAAUAGCAUUUUGUAUUUCUCAAUUCAGGUUUAUGUAGAGCAGUUGUGUUUAAGGCAGAGGAUCAACAUGAAGAUUUCUAUGUACAAUGACUGUAAAAUAAGUAAAAGAUUGCGUGUUUAUGUCUGACAAUGAUAUAUCAUGACAGGAGCGAGAACAUAUAUCUUUAUACAUCCCUAUGUUUAAGAGUGUUGUUCAUGACUUUUGGAAUAUAUAGAUAUGUUUUAUUGUUUCAUUUUGUGCAAUAUGCUGUGUACAAUAUUGUUUUGUCUUGCCAUACCAUAUCUCAACAUUUGAGUAGUGAACUCAAAAAGCCAGCCAAUUGUGUCAAGUCACUGCCUGUCAGACCUCUGUACAGAACUUUGUCUUUUUCCAAGAAGGAAAUAAAAUCAGCUGGAACUGAA